AAAACUUAACUAUGUACAAUUUUAAUCUGAUCCUUAUAAUGUACACAUAUAUAUCGGCGACUUAAAAUCGAACUCGAAUGACCGGUUGAAUGUGAUUGAAUACCUUGCAAUUACCAGGAAACAAGCAAGAUGUCUGACGGGGAGGACGAUUUUAUGGCUGACAAUGACAGUGAUGAUUACAAUUUAGAAUAUUCUGAAGACACCAAUUCCGAGCCAGAUGUAGACCUCGAGAACCAGUACUACAACUCCAAGGCAUUGAAAGAAGAUGAUCCCAAGUCAGCACUAGAAAGUUUUCAAAAGGUAUUGGACCUUGAAGAUGAGAAAGGAGAUUGGGGUUUCAAGGCGCUCAAACAGAUGAUCAAGAUUAAUUUUCAGCUGGGAAACUAUGGGGAAAUGAUGACAAAAUACAAGUUACUAUUAACAUACAUCAAGAGUGCAGUAACGAGAAACUACUCAGAGAAGUCCAUCAAUAGCAUCUUAGACUACAUCUCUACUUCCAAGAACAUGCAACUGCUUCAAGAAUUCUAUGAGACUACUCUCAUGGCUCUCAAGGAUGCCAAAAAUGACAGACUAUGGUUCAAAACAAACACAAAGCUUGGAAAACUGUACUACGACAGAGAAGAAUUCAAUAAGUUGGCAAAGAUCUUAAAACAGUUACAUCAAUCAUGUAAAGUGAGUACCUCUCUUCUUAAGUCAUUCAGCUGAUCACAACUGACAACAAUUUUCAUGGGUGCCUUUUCAAGUGCACCCAAAAUGUAAUAAUAAUGAUGAUGAU